AUGCUUUCUUCAGAAUUAGCUGUUUCUGCAUCGGAAGUGACCAUGAUGGAGCUACAUUCUCUGAUACCCAGAUUGAGCCUGAGGAAGUUUAUGAAGCACUUAGCAGAAGACCCCAAACUCAGUGAGUGGCCGUUUGAAUCGGGGUACAACGGAGGAGUGGGCGCCGGGAUCUCGCUGUGCGUCCGCCUGGCCUCGUCUCUUGCUGGCUUGUGCGAUCUUUGGCACGGUGUGAGAUGGCUGGCUGGAAAGGACUCCGGAAAGGCCAAGACAAAGGCGGUUUCCUGCUGGCAGAGAGCCCGCUUGCAGUUCCCUGUGGGCCAUGUUCAUCGACACCUGAAAUGUAGGACAACCAGCCAGGGCAGUGUGGGCGCGACUGCCGCUGUGUCUAGCGCAGCCAUCCUGGAGUACCUCACCGCAGAGGUGCUAGAGUUGGCAGGAAAGGCACCAAAAGACUUAAAGGUAAAGCGUAUUGCCCCUCGUCACUUGCAACUUGCUAUUCGUGGAGAUGAAGAAUUGGACUCUCUGAUCCAGGCUACAAUUGCUGGUGGUGCUGUCAUCCCACACAUCCACAAAUAUCUGACUGGGAAGAAGGGACAACAGAAGACUCUUUAA